GCUCCGCCCCACGUCUAGUUGCCUGUUCCGCGCUCCGGCUCGCACAGAGAUGGCUGCCGUUCUGCAGCGCAUCGAGCGGCUGUCCAGUCGGGUGGUGCGCGUCCUGGGCUGUAACCCGGGUCCCAUGACUCUGCAGGGCACCAACACCUACCUGGUAGGGACCGGCUCCAGGAGAAUCCUCAUUGACACUGGAGAACCAGCAGUGCCAGAAUAUAUCAGCUGUUUAAAGGAGGCUCUGACCGAAUUUAACACAGCAAUCCAGGAAAUCAUAGUGACUCAUUGGCACCACGAUCAUACAGGAGGCAUAGGAGAUAUUUGCAAAAACAUCAAUAACGACACUACCUAUUGCAUUAAAAAACUCCCACGGAAUCCUCAGAGAGAAGAAAUUAUAGGAGACGGAGAGCAGCAGUAUGUUUACCUGCAGGAUGGAGAUUUGAUUAAGACGGAGGGCGCCACUCUAAGAGUUAUAUACACACCUGGCCACACUGACGAUCAUAUGGCCCUACUUUUAGAAGAGGAAAAUGCUCUCUUUUCUGGAGAUUGCAUCCUAGGAGAAGGAACAACUGUAUUUGAAGACCUCUAUGAUUAUAUGAACUCCCUAAAAGAGUUAUUAAAAAUCAAAGCUAAUAUUAUAUAUCCAGGACAUGGCCCGGUAAUCCAUGAUGCAGAAGCUAAAAUUCAGCAGUACAUUUCUCACAGAAAUAUUCGAGAAGAGCAAAUUCUUACAUUAUUGCGUAAUGAUUUUGAAAAAUCAUUUAGGGCGAUGGAGCUUGUAAAAAUUAUUUACAAGAAUACUUCUGAGCAUUUACAUAAAAUGGCUGAACAUAAUAUCUUGCUUCAUUUGAGAAAAUUAGAAAAAGAAGGAAAAAUAUUUAGCAGCAUGGAUCCUGACAAGAAAUGGAAGGCUAAUCUUUAGUUUCACAUUCAUGAAAGCUUUUGUUGUUCUGUCUUUAGAGAAUGGUACGUUUUCUUAACUAUUAAUUCUUUACAGAGACUAUAGACUGUAGAAUAUUGAAAAUAACCCUAGA